UCAGCCAGCACGGUGUUACCCCGAGUUCAGACUCUACAAAUGCGGGUCUACGCGCUGAUCUCGACAUGCUUGACAGCUGCGAUCGCGAAAGGUGCGGUGGUUCAGCACCCAUUCUCGCCGGGGAAGGCGGAUCUGGAAAUAAUCACUGUACCCACAAUUGAUUUCCAGUCUUCCGGCACCCGGUUAUCUCUGGACAACAUACACGAGGUCCAUGUGAAUGCCAGGUAUUCGGACACGGUGGAUUCCCAUGGAGAGACCUUGAUACCUCCGACGCUGUACGAUUUCGCAGAGACUUUCAAGACGGACAUCAAGCAGGUCCUGGGCAGAUCCUGGCGAGUUGAUGAAGCCGCUCAUCCCAGUUUAAGCACCGUUUUCCUCACUAUUGAUGAGGACAAGACCCGCUACCUCGAUGCUGCCGGUCGAUGGACUUCAGAAGGAUAUAGUGUCUCCAUCACUGAAACAGGCGUCAUCAUCGCUGGGGCUAGCCCUCUCGGAGUCUGGUGGGGAACUCGAACAUUGCUUCAGUUAGCAGUUCUUCACCCCGAUGGGAUUCCGACCGGCCACGCCGUUGACAGUCCGGGAUGGGGAAUUCGAGGCGUCAUGUUGGAUGUGGGACGGAAGUUCUAUCCCACUUCUUUCUUGGGCGAACUGUGCUCCUACCUCAGCUAUUUCAAGCAGAAUACCUUCCAUCUCCAUCUAUCGGAUAAUGUUGGGGUGGUGAACCCUGAUGACAAGGAUUUCGUCAACUCGCUUUAUUCGGGUUUCAGACUGAGAACAGAGGACUCUCGCGUGGCGGGAUUGGCUAGUCCGGCGAACGAAUCGUACUCUAGGGAAGAGUUUGACAGUCUCCAACGACAAUGCGCCGCUAGAGGAGUCACCAUCAUUCCGGAAAUCGAGGCCCCCGGACAUGCCUUGCCGAUCUUGAAGUGGAAACCUCAAUUGGCUCUCAUAGACGACUACACGAUGCUCAACAUUAGUCAUCCAGAGACUUUGCCGGCUCUCAAAACUAUUUGGUCGGUAUUCUUGCCUUGGAUGCACAGCAAGACUGUACAUAUUGGUGCCGAUGAGUACAGCGCAGACUUCGUGAAAGACUAUAACGAUUGCGUCAACGUGCUUAACGCGCACAUCUACGAAGUGUCUGGAAAGCGAACCAGAAUAUGGGGAACAUUCCCGCCAAAAGAUGCCUACUCCAACAACAUCGCUACCAACAUCUCGCUUCAGCAUUGGGCAUUCUUCGAAGAUGACCCCCUACAUGACUACGUCGAGAAAGGAUACUCUGUGCUCAAUUCUGAUGUCGCUCACUAUAUCAUUCCUGGCUAUAGCCCCUACUUCCCGCCGGAGCUGAACAAGACGCGGAUCUUUCAUGGUUCACCCGAUGGAAGUGGCUACAUCCCUACAACGUUCGACAUGAGCAACUCCUCAAACAAUCCAGAAAGAUGGCAUCCCCUCGUGAAUGGCCAAAUCGCCGCCACCUGGAACGAUCUUGGACCCAACGGAUCGGUCGUAUCUGAUGCAUACUAUGCCUGGAGGAAUCACCUCCCGGCUCUGGCGGACAAGCAAUGGGGCGGAUCAAUAACGGAGCUGCAGUAUGACUCGGUAUUUGAUCGUUUACACGAGUCCAUACCGGCCCAGAAUCUUGACAUGACUAUACUCUCGAAGUCGCGAACGAUUUUCCAUUACGACUACGCCGGAGGAGUCAGCGAUGGGUCGGGCAACGGCUACGAUGCGACAAAUCAUGGAUGCAAACUGGAUCACCGUCAAGUUCACUUUGAUGGCAGAUGCUACCUCUCAACGCCAAUGCGACGCAAAGGGCGUGAUUAUACCUUGACUUUUUCCGUCAAGCCGCUGGCGUAUGGAGGUGCAUUGUUUCAACACGAAGAACUGGCCCUGUUGGCGGACUCGAAGUUGACGUUUCAAGCUGAUGGGCAAUACUUCCCCAUUAAUUACACUCUGCCUCUGGAUGACUGGACAAAGGUCUCAAUCAUUGCCGAAGGUCGAAAGACUAUUGCUGUGAUAAACGAUGACGAGCGCAUAGAGUUCCAAACACUUCUUGGCCUUUCUGGAACCGGCCUGCGUUGGAAUCCGAUGGCCUUUCCGGCUCCGCUCAACAUCAUUGGCAAAGGCUUCCAGGGAAAGAUGAGAAGUGUGCGCUUGGAGGAAGGUGCGCAAUGGAAAGAUUAGUGGACAAGAGGAUA